GGUCAUUUAUCUACCAUCCUCCCUCUAUUGUUUUUCUCAUUUUAUAUACAUUUUUGCUAGGGUUUCUGUGAUACAACCUGUAUUUGCUUCCUUGAAAGUUGAGAGACCAUAAAAGAUUCUAUUGUUUGCUUCGAAAUAUUUGUCAGAUCUUCCCUCUCCAUAGAGUUUCAUAUCAGAAUGGUGAGAGGAAAAACUCAGCUGAAGCUAAUCGAAAAUGAGUCCUAUAGACAAGUAACUUUCUCAAAGAGAAGAAAUGGGUUGCUUAAAAAGGCUUUUGAGCUUUCAGUGCUUUGUGAUGCUGAAGUAGCACUCAUCAUCUUCUCUACCACUGGGAAACUCCAUGAGUUCUCAAGUUCAAGUAUAAACAAAACAGUGGAACGCUAUCCACAGCGAGUCAAGGAAUUGGCUGUCAGCACCAAAGAAAUCCAAGAAAAUACACAGACCCUAAAGGAAUAUGAUAUCAACACAACAAAAAAGUUGGAGCAACUAGAAUUUUACAAAAGGAAGCUGUUGGGAGAUGAAUUAGAUACAUGUGGUAUUGAAGAACUACAACAGAUUGAAAAUCAACUCGAAUACAGCUUAAGCAAAAUUAGGGCAAGAAAGAAUCAACUGUUGAUGGAACAAAUUGAAAAGCUAAAGAAACAGGAAAGGUGCCUACUUGAAGAAAAUAGACGCUUACGUGAGCAGUGUGGAGUUGAACAACAAGAUAUAAAAGUCUUAACAGAAAGUGAGCUAGGUGAGGAGGUGGAGACGGAAUUGUUCAUAGGGCGACCUGAGAAACGAAUGAAUUGAGAGCAGAAACUAGCGACAUAAAUCUAAUAUACGUGAGGAAGCAGAAUCUAACAUUGGAAGUUAGUAAUAAUGUCCAAUAAUGUUUAGUAGUCAAAUAAUUUCUAUCAUUGACGUAUUCUAAAGAUAUUUUUUAAGAUAUCCAGACUCAUAUUAUAUCAAUUUUUGAAUUGGUGAAUUUUUUAAUAAUUGAGAACUCUUUAUAAUA